AUGAAUAGAUCGGUCAUUUUUAACUGGAGGGAAACACAACCCCGAUCAGCAUCAAAGCGAAAGACUCAUUCGGGGUAUUCCAUCUCAAAAGUGAUAAUGAUGAUGACAUUCGCUGUUUUUUAUAUUUUGACAAUUUAUCCAAAUAGGAGUGUUCACUCUGCAACCAAUUUAACAACAAAAGAUUAUUCUAUAGAUUGGAAUUUGGUGCCAUCAUCACCUCCUUCGCCCGCCAAUUCUCAAGAUUCCAGUUUUGGCUCAUGUGUUUGUGAUUUAACAGAAAAUCAAUGCGACCUUAAUUGCUGUUGUGAUCCUGAUUGCGCUCAAACGACAGUUGAAAAAACAUUCACGAAAUGUUUGAGCCCCGUCUCAAAGAAGGAUAUGAACUAUAUGUGUGUUCAGAAGAGUUUGGUGACAUUUUCAAAUUUACAAACUUUAGGAAUUAGCACGAAAGAAGUGACACAAGAUCCAAGUACUCCAUUGUUUUGUGUUUACUUUGAGGGAAAAUCGGUGGAUGGACAGUACUAUUCGGUUGUUGGAGAUUUGGAUGCAACCACUAUUAAAAAAACAAUUGACAAGGAGGACUCUUCCAUCUCCUACAAACGAACAGUGUCGCAAAAGAGUGUUUAUGAAACUCUUCCCACCUCUACAACAAGCGGAAAUCAGAGAACAGAAAAUUAUUUAUAUGGAGACAAAAUUCCAGUGACAACAAGUCCUGUUUCUUCCACCAUUACGUUUUCCUAUCUUUCACUACCAAGAAGUUAUAGCUCUGAUCAGUGUGACACCUCUUCCUUUGUUAAAUUCGCACAAAGCGAUGAACAUGAGCACUCAUGCUAUUGGAUCCCAACAUUGGUAGACACACUUCAAUCACGAUGCUCCAAUCAGUUUAACUAUAACAAAUUGAUCAGUAAUGUCGUAUCAACGGUGGUGAACCCAUCCAAUAGUAACAGUUUUACGGGAGUGUCUGUUGCCCAACUUAUUUCAGUCAGCAGUACGGGAGAUGAAACCAUUCUCUCUAACACAAAUAUUGCAACUACCUACACCGCAGCCACUACAACAUGCACCAAUGCAGUUAUUGGGGUGAGUUACUACUUUUCUACAAAUAACCUUGGUACAAUUUCCAGCGUUCAAUUGAUUGUGAAAGUUUCCACUCUCAUCAACCCCUCUUUGGUGACCCUGAAAAAUAAUGUCCAAUUCAUUAAUGGAACCCUUAAUGACUAUUUACUUGGAGUUACAAGACCAAAAAGUGGAAAUCCUGGUUACAUUCGGAAAAAGCCUCUACUCGCAGGAUACACAAUUACAAAUAAUCAAAAGAGUGCAAUUUAUCAGCAAGUGGAUGGGCUAACAGCUCCAACAGGUUAUGGUUGUUCUUCAAAAGCUUCAAUUCUGUUUGAUGUUGACUCUGUGUAUUCAUGCAGUCUCUCUCUCAAUAUCACCGAGCUGCAAAAUUUAUGCCUUAAAAAUUCCAUCUCUCAAUUAGCAUCACAGGUGACACAAAUUGGGCGAUAUGGAAAUGCCGAUUACACCAAUACGAAUGACUGGGUCUCAAUUUUGCAAGAUUCUUCACCUAGCUCUACUUGGGACUCACUGAAAUCGACCUGUAACAACAUUGCCGCAGGCGUAGAAUAUCAAAUCAUUAUUGCCAAAUCUGGUUCAGUUCAAAACGAACAAUGGAAGGUGCAAGGAGCCAAACGAGUGUUUUAUCCUCUCACAUGGACCUUCACUGGUGAUACCACUUCAAGCAACACCUUUUGGAUUGAGACCCGAGUGAGAUACAUUCGAGUUUCUGGCCAGGAGACCAUUCAGAAAAAUUAUCCAGCUCCAAACUUUCUUCCCUUCCUUCCAGAAGACGUCUUUUAUCCAUUCUCACUGAUUUAUUCAUCAGAUGCACAACGGCUGGUAACCACUCAUUAUUAUUGGUGUCUUAUUUUACUGUUGGGUCUUGUGAGCUUGUUUUUGGCUUAG